GUUUUGUUAUAAAUUUAAUAAAUAUGUACGGAAAGUUAGAACUACAAAUGGCUGGGGUUGACGAGAGGGAAGAUCAAGGGCAUAAACAGCAGACAAAGCCCAAAGCUGAGCAAGGCCUUCAUAUUAUUCUGUAUAAUCCUACCUUGAAACCUCAUGAAAGUAAGAGGAAGAAUGAGGAUGCCUGUCAAGAUGCUAAGAUACUUUUCUUCCACCCGAAAAUAAAGAAUUUAGGGGUUGGUAACCAGCCAGGUGGGCUAGACAGGGCUAUAGAUGUGCAUGAGCAAAGAAAACAAACUGGGCUAUGAGAAGGAGCAAUCGACUUUAUGAGUGCUUUCUGCCAAGAAAGUGAUGAUUACUCUAAUAAUCCUACUGAGACAAUAAAUACUUCCCUAUUUACUAUGUGAAUUAAGCAAGUAGAGCCAAAUAUGUUCCUUUGAUUAUUAUAUUCGCAUGAGAAUCUAUACACAGAUAAUUCAGAUGAGCACUGAGAAAGAGUACUGAGCAGCUUCACGCCAACACAUGGGAGCUUUAAAGAAGAAGACACUCAGAUUCUUAAUGACACUCUUAAACUCUACUACGACUUGUUUUGCUUAUUCCACCUCUCGUUAGGAUCAGUCUGGGAAAGAGGGCAAAUGCAUUUAGCCAAUGUCCUAGAGGAUUUCACAACCAAGUUUGAUACAUUUUUCUUCUCGGGAUCUUGAGCGAAGAGUUACUUUAACAAUAGUAUGUAUAGAGGAUUCCCUAUAUGCCCGUUAGAUUCAAAAAUGCAUCUUCUUGUACAGAAAUACUCCCAUUCAUUGAAUGUUUCCAAAUUUGCGAUAUUUUAUCAAGAAUAUUAUGUUUAUGGCAAUAUUCCCAACGAAGAAACAGAGAUUUUGCAUACAUACCUAAUAGGACCGUUCAGUGAGAUACGAGAAGGAUACGUAUCAAAUUGGAUGGAUGCAGGACUUCAAGGCAAGACAACUAGAAUUCUAAGGAAAAAACCUAAGAAUUCAUCCUCCCAAGCCACUGAAAGUGAUUUCGAAGAGGAAAAAUAAGGAGCAACUAGAGCAUUUAGAUAUUAAUUAUGAGGAAUAUUCAAAUGAAGAUGAUGAGUAUACAGACUUUUGUAGAGUAAACUGCCAAGGAUUUGUUGGAACCAAACAAGAGAAGCAAGGAUUUAUCACAGGUCCAUCUGUUUUCAAAAAGAUAGACCGUAGCAGUCCUGAAGAACUCAAAAGCUUUGAAAUAUUUGUACCUACGAUCUAUAUCAAAAAGGAUUUCGAUUCAAAUAAGUCUUAUACAAAACUACUAGUAAUGAAAUUCCUAAAAAUGACAUUUGUAUACCUCCUAGAAACCGAGCACCUAGAAGAAUCCCAAUACUCCCUCCUCUACGACCAGACCAAGCUCAUCACAGAAACAUUAUCCUCCAAAAUCUCCUCUAGACUGCACACCACACACCUCUCCCACAUGCGUGCCUCCUCCAAUACAAAAUUCUUCUACUUCAACUCCACAAACCUCGCCCUUAAGAUCUGUCCUUCAAUCACCAUCGAUCACUUGACCACAGAAAUUCGGCAUUACUUGAACAUAAUAAAAUCAAAAUUUGAUUCGAAUGAGUUACUGAAAGAGUACAAAAUUACAGCAGAUUCGUAUUGGGUGAUAGGGGUUAGGAUGGAGGCAAGGUUGGUGGUUUUGUUGGUCCCAGUGGGGUAUUCGUAUGGGAAAAUGGAGAAGAUGAAGGAGGAGGUUUUGGAAGAGUGGUUUGGACAGUUUGUGAUGUAAGCUAAGCACUGAUCCAUCCUAAUUUCCAAAUAUUCAAUAAUUGCC